UCAAGUAAAUGUUCUCACUGAGGAAACAUCAGCUUGUUAUUAUUUCUCCCUGUUUUUCAGGGGUGUAAUACACACACACGCAAACAUACGCACACAAACACACGCACGCAUAUUUCCCCGCCUCCAUCUGAACUUGGAAGACCGAAGCUAAAUUACUUCUAGGAAGCCACUCCUCAGCACAUCAUGUUCUGGUGAAAACGAAACUUAAGUAUCACUCUCAGUGUGCUUGUGGUUGUGAGAGAAAGCAAACAAAAUGGCAGAGGCUAUUUCAAAGAAAAGAAGAAAGAAAGAAGAGGACUCCUUCAAGUGUCCAGUCUGUCUAGAUCUGCUGAAGGAUCCAGUGACUAUUCCCUGCGGACAUAAUUUCUGCAUGAGAUGCAUCGAGGGCUACUGGGAUCAGGAGGAUCAGAGAGGAGUCAACAGCUGCCCCCUGUGCAAACGCACCUUCACUCCCAGACCUACACUCUACAAAAAUCAUCUGAUUGCUGGAAUGGUGGACGCACAUAAAGGCCAUGACACAGUCACUGCUGCAGCAGAAUGGACAGACAAACAGCAGUCGGGGCAGAACCAGAGGAGAUUCCAGCAGAGAAUCCAGGAGAGAGAGAAGGAGCUGCAGGAGCUGAGGAAGGCUGUGGAGACUCUCAAAAGCUCUGCACAGACAGCAGUGGAGGACAGUGAGAGGAUCUUUACUGAGAUGAUCCACUCCAUUGUGAGAUGGCGCUGUGAGGUGACAAAACUGAUCAGAGCUCAGGAGAAGGCUGAGGUGAGUCAGGCUGAAGGACUCCUGAAGCGACUGGAGCAGGAGAUUGCUGAGCUGAAGAGGAGAGAUGCUGAGCUGCAGCAGCUUUCACUCACAGAGGAUCCGAUCCAUUUCCUCAAGACCUUCCAGUCGGUCAGUGAGACACCUGAGUCGAAAGACUUAUCCUGCAUCUCUGUGAACCAAGGCCUCUCUUUUGAGGCUGUGAAGAAAUCGGUCUCCUCACUAAAGAAGCAGCUGGAAAAUUUCUGCAAGGAGGAAGUCAUGAAGAUAUCUGCAUCAGUGACUAAAGUCCAGGCUAUUUUGCCUCCUGAACCUACAACCAGAGAGGAUUUCCUACAAUUGACUGAAGUCCAGGCUGUUUUGCCUCCUGAACCUACAACCAGGCACAUUUGGAACAUGAAGUCAUGUACUGCCAAAAAUGAGGACAAUAAACUGCCAUUGAUAUCCAGCUGA